GAUAUAGAGUCGAUAUUCCGGAAUUCGCUUGAUAGUUACUGUCUAAUAAAAGUGAAUUUACGUCAAGCUCGUUUUAAAGUAGUAAAAAAUCAUGUCAACUGUUCUUGCACCAGAAAUUCCUGCUCCAGGAUUUUCUUUUGAUCUCUGUCAACGAAACAAGUUUUUAUUGAAGAAAGGAUUCAAAGCUCCGACUGCUGUUAAGACAGGUACAACUAUUGCAGGAGUAAUUUUUAAGGAUGGAGUGGUUCUUGGAGGUGAUACACGUGCCACCGAAGAUUCUAUUGUAGCAGAUAAAAAUUCGAGAAAAAUUCAUUUUCUUGCUCAGAACAUGUACUGUUGCGGAGCAGGAACAGCGGCUGACAAUGAGAUGACUUGUCAAAUGAUAGCUAGUCAAUUAGAAUUACAUCGUCUAAACACAGGCCGUACUGUACCUGUUUGCACCGCUAAUUCAAUGUUCAAGCAAUUUUUGUUUCGUCAUCAAGGCCAUAUUGGUGUAGCUUUGGUGUUAGGCGGUGUUGAUAUAGACGGUCCACAUUUAUACGCUAUCUAUCCUCAUGGAUCUAGUGAAAAAUAUAUGUUCACAAGCAUGGGGUCUGGAUCGUUAGCUGCGAUGGCAGUACUCGAAAGUAGAUGGAAACCUGAUAUGACAGAGGAAGAAGCGAAGCAGUUGGUAGCGGAUGCUAUUCGUGCAGGUGUUUUCAAUGAUUUAGCAUCUGGAUCAAAUGUAGAUUUGUGUGUUAUACGUAAAGGAUCUGUCGAUUAUUUGCGACCUUACGAUGUUGCGAAUGUAAAAGGAGAACGCCAAGCAUCUUAUAGAUAUAAAAAGGGAACUACUGCAGUUCUUGCUAAAACCGUACGUCCUAUAAUCGUAGAGGAAAAGAUAGUUCGUGUGGUGGAAGCUGAACCGAUGGACACUUCUUCUUGAAGAUAGAGCCUGUUCUUAAUUUAAUAUUAAGUUGAUGAAAUUUGUGAAUUUUCAAUAAAAUCUUACACAUAAUAUAUGUUA